GCGAACAUCUGUUCGAGGAGAGAAAACUUUAUCGUUUUGUUUAUUUUACGAGUUUUGUGUUUAAUUUUUUAUUGCUGUUUCAAAAUGACGCUCGAUUUGGAUGCAAAUAAGAAGGAUGACAAGUUGCUGAUCACCACCAUCCAGCAGGAGUACAAAAUCCUGGCUGAAUACAAAAUGAUUGAGUCGGAGAAGAUAAGUGGCAUAUAUGUUAUCCCCAGCUAUUCAAAUUCCUUGCAAUGGUUCGGGGUCUUCUUUGGACGCCAGGGGUUAUAUGCGGACAGUGUCUUUCGCUUCUCGAUUUUACUGCCUGAUCGAUUUCCUGACGACAAAGGUCUUCCGACUGUUAUAUUCCAGCAGGGCGUACUGCAUCCUCAUGUGUGUCCGUACACCCACAGCUUGGACGUGAGUCACGCUUUUCCCGAGUGGCGAUGUGGAGAGGAUCACCUCUGGCAGCUGCUUAAGUACAUGCAGGCCAUAUUUUCCGAUCCCGUGGACAGUACUCGUGGCAUUGAAAUGGAUAAACUUAAGAACAGUGAGGCUGCAGAGUUGCUGAUGACCAACAAAGAGGAGUUUGCAGCCCGAGUGCAGGAAAACAUAAAGGAGAGCAAGGAGCAUAUCUACGACACCCCACCCACUGAGGAUCCGCACUACAUAGUAUUCGAAAAGUUUCAGCCGGACUUACACGGGCCAGUUUUGGAGCGCAUUAAGGCUGGAAGAAGCAAGCAGAUGGACACCUCCUCGCAGCAGGCAAACGGAGGCCAUGCCACUGGUCUCUCCUGGGUGAAGGAGGGUGAGUUCAAGCCCCUCAGCGUCGAGUAAAAGCAUUAUACUGGUUCUGUAAGUUAUAAAAGUAGUACUAACGUUGUCUCAAUUUUAAUCCAUUAAAGUUAUUCGAUUAUA